UGAACUGUUUGACAUGUCAAUUUUUUUAAUGAACCGUUUUUAUUAUAUUAGUAAGCCAGCGGCGCUGAAAUUUUACAAGCUAGCCCUUGAAGUGAGUUUGAACACAUGCUCAAAAAUUGGACAAAAAUUGAAAGCUACCGCUCAUAGGGCCGGCGUGACCCUUCAAGAUAUUGGUAAAGAACUGGAUGAGACUUCCAAGGGGACGGUUGUUGAAAAGUGGAUUAUCUAUUGGAAAACUACAUACAAGGAAUAUACACAGGUUGGAAUUGAUGUAAUAAAGGACAUAAGGGACCACCCUUUUCAGUCCAUUUAUAUAGCCCUCCUUAGUGCUGCUGCGUGGCAAGUAUACAAAAUCAACCCUGACGAAAGACAUUACUGGAGUGCUGUACUAAAUUCGGCCAACGAUAUAGCCCUUUUACCCAAAUCGCUAAGGAAACCUCAAGCUGAGAAUUACGUAAAAUUUAUCCAACAAUGUCAUCAGAAAGGUCUAAUUAGAAGACUUAAUUUACUGCUUGCUUCCUUUAUGUGGACAAUUGAUGAGGAGAAUUACAGAUAUUUUGGAAAAGAAAUUAAAUACUUCAAGUUUCCUUACACGUUUCCUAAAAUACGUGUAUUGGAUUUCGGAUUUAUGAAUAAUUGGUGGGUUUUGAACUAUAUAAUGGAUGAUUACGAUGUGGCGCUUUAGUUAAAAAGCCAAUUGACUUUGUACA